AAGGCGUACGAUUUAGUAGGCUACUUUAAACGGAAUAAGGAAGAAGCUAUAGCCAAACAUAACCAGCCAACACGUUGCACUACUUUCACUUGUUUCACCUCACUCGCACCUGUAGCACUAUGACACGAGCUGAGAUGAAAUCACUUGUUGUCAUCCUUUUUGUGAGACUUACACUAACCCUGUUUACUGCAUGUAGCACAGAAGGAUACAAACCAGUAAUAAUUGUCCACGGACUGUUCGAUGGACCAAAGCAAUUCGAAAUUCUGAAACGUUUCAUUACGAAGUCGCAUCCAGGUACUAUUGUGUCUGUGAUUGACCUGUACAACCACCUCUUCAGCCUGGAACCUCUAUGGAAACAAGUUGAGGGCUUCAAGAAUGCAGUCUAUCCUAUCAUGCAAAGUGCUACAGAUGGAAUACAUCUCAUCUGCUUCUCUCAAGGUGGUCUUGUAUGCAGAGGUCUUAUUGCAACACUGGAUAAUCAUAAUGUUCACUCUCUCAUCCUUCUCUCCUCUCCUUUGGCUGGGCAAUAUGGAGACACCGCCUAUUUGAAGCUUUUCCCCAAAUUGCUGAAGUCAGAGAUCUACCGCUUUUGCUACACUCGUUGGGGGCAGAGAGUGUCCAUAUGUAACUACUGGAAUGACCCACAUCAGAGAGAGAGAUAUUUGAAAACGGGUAGUUUCCUGGCUCAGCUGAAUGGAGAGACGGCACACCAGAACAGUACAAGGUGGCGUGAAAAUGUGUUACGAAUCAAAACACUGAUACUGAUUGGAGGUCCUGAUGAUGGAGUAAUUACGCCAUGGCAGUCAAGUCUGUUUGGUUUUUAUGACAAGAAUGAAAACAUUGUUGGAAUGAAAGACAUGGAUUGGUAUAUCAAAGAUGUGUUUGGGCUGAAGACACUGCAUUCAAGGGGAGAUUUAAAGGAAUACAUUUAUUCUGGUGUCUUGCAUACAAAAUGGCAUGCAAACUAUACUGUGUAUAAUGAAAGCAUAGAUGAGUGGCUGACUUAAAACCUUUUUCUUUCUGUUUCACUAGUGACAGACAUGCAACUUUGUAGUUUAUCAAUUAAGUAGGUUUCUGCUUUAUCAAAAUGUCCCCUGCAAAUUUAAUACAUUUCUUCAAAUAUCACAAUAAUCUAUCUAUUAUCUAAUCUAUUAUGUCUGUUAGAUUAACCAACUGUACAAAUACUAAUAUUCUAAUGGUCCAAUAGUGCAUAUGGAAUAAAGUAGGCUAUUUUUUAGCGAUGGUGCUGCUUCUCAUGACAUGACAUCUGUGAUUCUGAGACUGAUGGACCCUAGCGAUACGCCACCAUUUGGGGAAAUAC